GCAGGCCGCGCCAGGAGCCGUCGCCCUAGCUCGCUGUCGCCGCUGUAGCCGCCGUGCGGUCCGCUGCGUCCCCCCGGAGGACGCUGCUUGGCCGGCGGACACCAUGUACGGGUUCGUGAACCACGCCCUGGAGCUGCUGGUGAUCCGCAACUACGGCCCGGAGGUGUGGGAGGACAUCAAAAAAGAGGCCCAGUUAGAUGAAGAAGGCCAGUUUCUGGUCAGGAUAAUAUAUGACGAUUCCAAAACGUACGAUUUGGUUGCUGCUGCAAGCAGGGUUCUCAACCUCAAUGCUGGAGAAAUCCUUCAAAUGUUUGGGAAGAUGUUUUUUGUGUUUUGUCAAGAAUCUGGCUAUGACACCAUCUUACGUGUCCUGGGAUCUAACGUCAGAGAAUUUCUCCAGAACCUGGAUGCCCUGCAUGACCACCUGGCUACCAUCUACCCAGGCAUGCGGGCGCCUUCCUUUCGGUGCACGGAUGCCGACAAGGGCAAGGGGCUCAUUCUUCACUACUACUCAGAGCGCGAGGGGCUGCAGGACAUCGUCAUCGGGAUCAUCAAGACAGUGGCUCAGCAAAUCCACGGCACAGAAAUAGACAUGAAGGUUAUUCAGCAAAGAAGUGAAGAAUGUGAUCAUACUCAAUUUUUAAUUGAAGAGAAAGAGUCAAAAGAAGAGGAUUUUUAUGAAGAUCUUGACAGAUUUGAAGAAAAUGGUACCCAGGAAUCACGCAUCAGCCCCUAUACCUUCUGCAAAGCUUUUCCUUUCCACAUAAUAUUUGACCGAGACCUCGUGGUCACCCAGUGUGGCAAUGCCAUCUACAGAGUGCUACCACAGCUCCAGCCCGGGAAUUGCAGCCUUCUGUCCGUCUUCUCCCUGGUUCGCCCUCAUAUCGAUAUCAGUUUCCAUGGGAUCCUUUCACACAUCAACACUGUUUUCGUCUUGAGGAGCAAGGAAGGGUUGCUGGACGUCGAGAAGCUGGAGUGUGAGGAUGAACUGACAGGGACGGAGGCCAGCUGCCUGCGCCUCAAGGGGCAGAUGAUCUACCUGCCCGAAGCGGACAGCCUUCUGUUUCUGUGUUCACCAAGUGUGAUGAACCUGGACGACCUGACCAGGAGGGGUCUGUACCUGAGUGACAUUCCUCUGCACGACGCGACGCGCGACCUGGUCCUUCUGGGGGAGCAGUUCAGGGAGGAGUACAAACUCACACAGGAGCUGGAGAUCCUCACAGACAGGCUGCAGCUCACGCUGAGGGCCUUAGAGGAUGAAAAGAAGAAGACAGACACGCUGCUGUACUCCGUCCUGCCCCCAUCUGUCGCCAACGAGCUGAGGCACAAACGUCCCGUGCCUGCCAAAAGAUACGACAAUGUGACGAUCCUCUUCAGCGGCAUCGUGGGCUUCAACGCCUUCUGUAGCAAGCACGCAUCUGGAGAAGGGGCCAUGAAGAUUGUGAACCUUCUCAAUGACCUGUACACCAGGUUUGACACACUGACUGACUCUCGCAAGAACCCGUUUGUUUAUAAGGUGGAGACUGUUGGGGACAAAUACAUGACAGUGAGUGGCUUACCAGAGCCGUGUGGGCACCACGCACGGUCCAUCUGCCACCUGGCCUUGGACAUGAUGGAAAUCGCCGGCCAAGUUCAAGUCGAUGGCGAAUCUGUGCAGAUUACAAUAGGAAUCCAUACAGGGGAAGUGGUGACAGGUGUCAUCGGACAGCGGAUGCCUCGCUAUUGUCUCUUUGGAAAUACUGUCAACCUGACCAGCAGAACAGAAACCACAGGAGAGAAGGGGAAAAUAAAUGUGUCUGAGUACACAUACAGGUGUCUUAUGUCUCCAGAAAACUCAGACCCGCAAUUCCAUCUGGAGCACAGAGGCCCAGUGUCCAUGAAGGGCAAAAAGGAGCCCAUGCAGGUUUGGUUCCUCUCCAGAAAAAGCACAGGAGCAGAGGGAACAGGCCAGGAGGACAACUGAACGGCAGCUUGUGAGAUGAGGUGUCCCAGGGCGCCGCCGGGGUCUGCGACGCGUGCCGAGCCAGGGGCUCUUCCGCCCUGCGCGAGGCGUCACCACCUCCCGGUCUGCCCGUCAUUUCCUCCGCAGGGCUCCUGUGCUGUCGUCACUUAACUCUCGCUCCGCUUCUGAGUAUUUCUGUGGUUUUGGUAGAUUAUCAGAAGUUUGGCUUCUAAUGUGGGUGUUGUGAACUUCUGUGUCUUCAUGUCUACUGUGCGUUUUACCUAAAAUGAUGAUCUGCUAAUAGUAGCCGCCCAAUAAACAUUUGUUGAAUUACAAUAUUUGUUGAAGUAAAGGAAACUGAACAGUAUUUGGCACUAGAUAUAUCCAUAUAUCCAUAUAUAUAUAUAUAUAUAUAUAUUCCAUAUAUAUGCAUGUAUGUAUAUUUUAAUGACUAUAACAUAGAACAAAAUUUAUAUCAUGUUGGUGUAUAUUGUUAUAGAAAUCAUUUUCUAAAGAAUGAAUUCUAAGAUUUAGGGAAAAUACAGUUUAUUUUGAAAUGUCUGAAGAGUUAAUAUACCCUGCUGAGAAAAGAGUGACUAUUUUGUAGUAUGCAGACUCCCUCUGGAAACGCAGACUAUGUGGUCCCGGUCUUUUUGGUCGCGGCCUCCCGCCCCACAGGCUGCCCUCUGCACCGCCUCCCCGUGGUGACCAGGGCAGCCGCAUGCAGCUGCACAGGAGUCCGCGCUGCUCGCGGUAGCUGGUACGUCAGCUCGGGCCACCUGACAGAGCCCCUAGGGCCCCUAGUCACCCCCAAGAGGCAAACUGGAAAUGCGCCGCACCUAGAGCCGUCCUUUCUGGCUUUCCUCCCAGAAAUCAGCCUUUUCUUCUUGGCUUAGGAAAAUGCGGUUUCAUCAAAGGCAUCACCCCGGAAAGCUGUUCGAUUGCAGUGCAGAGUGCGUUUCUAUCAAAAUAAUUGGCUUGUUGUUCUAAAACUGUCUCUAGUAAUUUAUUGAUACCUACCUUUAUAAAGUAUAGUGCAGAUACCUUUCUGUAAAAAGGCUUCUCUUUAAAUUUACUAUUUCAUAUCAACAUAUCAAUAUAUGUAUAAAUGUUCCAUGUUAAUGUGUAAAAGAAUCUGCAAUAAAUUAUUUUUUCCACUUGA